AUGUCAGGCCAGCAGACCGGGACAUUGAAGGCACCUGAGGGUGAACCAUCUCCAGUAUCACCAGCAACGGCAGUCGAAGGCAACGCCUACUCUGACGACGAGAACACUCCUCAGUCACCUCGGUUCGCACAACAACACUCGAGAGGAGGUUCACGCUCUGUUAGGGGUCGUAACAUUCGCCUUCAAGCAACAAGGGACUCCGUGGAGGAUCCUCCACCCACCGCAAUGUCAAUGAAAUCCAACCGCCCUCUUCGUGACGGGCCUCGCUUCAACACCAACGGGGAAUACGACGAUGAUUCCGACACCGACAGAUACUGGGGCAACAACGCCAACCACCCCGACUACAAUGGGGGUCGCACAACUCGAUCCCGCCCACCGCGUGCCCACCUCAACCGCCCUCAGCCUUACUACAACUACGACCCUCAGACGGACACCAAGGACUACUACGAGGAAACACGGUCUUACGAGCCUGGCGACUACUCUGGAAGACCACCCUCUCGCAGAACUUACGAUGAGGAAAUGGCAGGCUAUCCCCCGCGCGGCGGUGUCGCUGUUCGGAGCACCAACGGCGAUACGGCCCGCAUCGACUGGCGCAAUCUCACUCGGGAGGAGAAGGCUCAGGUCAUGCGCCUCCCUCUGACCCAAUGGAUGAACUCGGACUUCAAGAACCACUUUGUUGCCAGUCUCGGUGAGCUCGUCGGCACCACCAUGUUCCUCUUCUUCGCCUUCGCAGGUACAGAGGUCGCCAACAUCAAGUCUGCUGCCAACAAUUCCAAUGCCCCGGCAGACAGCAACACCACCACUGGAGCUGCCACCGGUUUCAACACGGGCACCUUGCUAUACAUCUCCAUCAUCUUCGGCUUCUCCUUGAUGGUCAACGUCUGGAUCUUCUUCCGCAUUAGCGGUGGCCUUUUCAACCCGGCCGUCACGCUUGGUAUGCUUCUCGUCAAGGCCAUCAACCCAGUCCGAGCUGGUUGCUUGUUCGUCGCCCAGCUUCUCGGAGGCAUGCUUGCGUCGGUUAUUGUGCGCUUCCUCUUCCCUGAGAACUUCAACGUCCGCACUACCUUGGGCGGUGGUGCCUCUCUGGUUCAAGGCGUCUUCAUUGAGGCUAUCUUGACGGCCGAGUUGGUUUUCACAAUCUUCAUGCUCGCCAAGGAAAAGCACAGGGCCACUUUCAUCGCUCCUGUGGGCAUUGGUCUGACCCUGUUCAUCGCGGAGAUGGUUGGCGUCCAGUUCACCGGAGGCUCUCUCAAUCCUGCCCGAAGCUUUGGACCCUGCGUCAUCACUGCAACCUUUGACCAGGAACACUGGAUCUAUUGGGUCGGCCCAUUCUUUGGUGCAUUGAUUGCUGUGGUCUUUUACAAGUUCAUCAAGACCUUGGAGUACGAGAUGGCCAACCCGGGCGCUGAUGGCGACCCGGAAAAUGAUCCUACUCAAAACCCAGCGAAAUUGGCUGAGCUACGGAUGUCACGUACCAAAUCUGCCAAGCAAUGA